ACCUCAAAUCCAACGGACACUUUCUAUUAUUAGAUCGAGAACGCCAAAACGGUGAGCACAAGACGACGAACAGAAGAGUCCCCAGAAUCAAAGAUUCGAAUUAGGGUUCCUGCUUCCGAGCUAGAAUCGCAAGUCAAAGGGUCAAGAACAAGGAAUGGUGUGCGACAAGUGCGAGAAGAAGCUUUCGAAGAUUAUAGUGCCGGACAAGUGGAAGGAAGGUGCCAGUAACACCACCGAAGGCGGUGGCCGGAAAACCAACGAGAACAAGCUCCUCUCCAAGAAGAAAAGGUGGACUCCUUACGGAACUACCAAGUGCAUCAUUUGCAAGCAGCAAGUACACCAGGAUGGCAAAUACUGUCACACAUGUGCCUACUCCAAAGGAGUUUGUGCGAUGUGCGGGAAGCAAGUACUUGACACCAAGCUUUACAAACAAAGUAAUGUAUAAGGCAGGACAAGGAGUAAAUAUUUUGGAUACACAUGAAACAACCAAUUGACCACCUUGUUUAUUGACUAGUUGAGUGUGUAGAAGUCCAAUACUUCUCAAUUUCUUCUGCUGUUCUCCCCGGAAUCCUCCCGGCAAUCAAAGCCCACCUGCCGGAAAAUUGUUAAAACAUACAGUUCGAUCAAGAUAAUUACAAGUCGAAGAAUAAAACGGACCAACCUCUCCCCUACUAGAUUGUACAUUCUUAUGAUAAGUGCUUCCUCAUCCUCGGAGAAUUGAAGCUCAGAUUUUUCUGUGCUCUUCUCUGAAAUAAACAACUCAUGAUCAAUGAGAAGAAUUAAUACACAAACUUAUUUUGCUUUUGGUUUCGGA